GGUGACGAUGUCGACCGAGCGGCCCACAUGGGGUGGUGGUUUGCAGCCGAGAUCAGCUGUCCCGCUCACUCACCGUUGCGAUCGUCGUCUGCCACAACUACUCGUACUCUCCCUUAACCCGCCUACCUACCCACCGCGAUCCAUUCUUGAAAUCCAAGCAGGGAGUGAUGAAACCCAGCGGACCUCGCAACGUAUUUGGAGUACUCGACAGGAAGACGUAACCGACUCUCUCCUCCCACCCCACUCCCCCGCACGAAAAUCAAUGCCACCACCAUGCCCGGCCUGCUACGAAAACUGGUCAUCUUCGCAGCGGUAGACGGCCUCAUCCUGCAGCCCCCGGUCGCGAACCUGAGAAAUUACGGAAACAAUGAUUCCGCCCUACUCAUCGACUACAAGACCGGCCGGGUCUCGUCGCUGCCGGCUUCCGCGUCGGAGUUGAGUGAGCGCGAUUCGGGGCUGGAGUCGUAUGGUCUUGUUGGCCUCUUGUCCGUCGCGUCGUAUUCGUUCCUGAUCGCCAUCACGCAGCGGCAGCAGGUGGCGCAGAUUCAAGGAAAACCGGUUUACGCUGUCACUAAUAUUGCGGUUAUCCCGACGUCGUCGCUGAAAGAUGCCUCGCAUGCGAUUGCCCAAGCGAGGGAGAGUUCCCGGCAGGGGGACGACGACGACGACGAGCAAGACGAGAUAGAGUCGGAUGGCACGGCGUCGGAUUCGGAGACCGAUGCGGGGGACACCGAUGUUGGCACCGCGCCGUCCUCGCCGGUCCAGACAGAGCACUCUUUGCACAAUCGAUCGAAUAGCAUCGCGGAGGACGUGAUGGGGAAACGGGUUCCCUUUGGUCGCUUCGCGGCCAACUGGCUGUCGAGGAAGACGCUGGGAUUGCCGGGGCUCGGGACGGUCGAUCAUGAUGGCAAUGGGUCGAUGCUGGAUACGAAGGAUGCGGAUGUACAGGGUAGUCCGACGGGAUCUGAUACGGAAGAGGCGCUGGCUGCGUCGGGGAGUGAAUCGAGUCCUGAGAGGGGAGAGGGCCCGUCGUCUUCGCCGUCGGUUGUGGAGCUGUUGCCCAAGUUGUUGCGCUAUACGAAGCUGAUCUUUGCGUCGCAUAAUUUCUUCUUCGCUUAUGAUUAUGAUCUUACGAGAAAUUAUGGAACGAGUGAUCUGUCGGCUAAGAGCUUGCUGCCGCCGCAUAAGGUUGCUGAUGAGUUGUAUUUUUGGAAUCGGCAUCUCAUGGCGCCUUUUAUCGGAGCGGGCGCUCAUAGUUACGUGCUACCGCUUAUGCAGGGGUUUGUCGGCCAGCGCGAAUUCACCGUCGCUGGUGCUGGACGCCCGUCUACUGAGGCAUCUGAUUCGGCUAGGCCGGAGGGCCAGAUGCUGGGCGAGACAUCUGCGGCAGAGGCCAUGGAGGCCGCUGCGAACAAGCGGGACUUCCUGCUCACGUUGAUCUCACGACGGUCGGUCAAGCGUCCCGGACUGCGCUAUCUCAGACGCGGGGUCGACGAUGAUGGAAACACCGCCAACACCGUGGAGACGGAGCAGAUCCUUUCGGUUCCCGACUGGGAUCCUGCGCACCGGGUAUACUCCUAUCUCCAGAUCCGCGGGUCCAUUCCACUGUACUUUUCUCAGUCGCCGUAUGCGCUCAAGCCGGUUCCUAUACUCCAUCACUCGACCGAGACGAACGAAUUGGCGUUUGAGAAGCAUUUCCGGAGCCUCAGCCGGAGGUACGGGAAGGUCCAGGCCGUGUCCCUCAUCGACAAGCUGGCUGGAGAGUUGAAGCUAGGCAAUGAGUUUGACAAGUACACCAAGUCUCUCAACGAGGCCGGGGGGAUCGAGGGCAAGCCACUGGGCCUGGAGUGGUUCGACUUCCAUAGCGAAUGCCGGGGAAUGAAAUUCGAGAACGUGAGUCGACUCGUCGACCGUCUGAAGCCCACGCUCGAGGAGUACGGCGACACGAUGGUCCAGAGCAACACAGUCCUCCGGACCCAAGCCGGCAUCAUCCGGACCAACUGCAUGGACUGCCUCGACCGCACCGGCGUGGCGCAAUGCGCCUUUGCCCAAUGGGCACUGGAGCGAGAACUGCAAUCCGAAGGCAUCGAUCUCGACCUGGCCAGCGACUCCUCCACGCAGUGGUUCAACACCCUCUGGGCCGACAACGGCGACGCCAUCUCCAAGCAGUACUCCUCAACGGCGGCCCUCAAAGGCGACUACACGCGGACCCGAAAGCGCGACUACCGCGGGGCGCUGAACGACUUCGGCCUCACGCUCACCCGGUACUUCAACAACAUCGUCAACGACUACUUCUCGCAAGCCUGCAUCGACUACCUCCUCGGCAACGUCUCCACCCAAGUCUUCCAAGAAUUCGCCACAGAGCUCCAAACCGCCGACCCAGGCAUCUCUGUCCAAAAGCUCCGCCAGAACGCCAUCGACACAAGCUGCCGCAUCGUAAUCAGCGACCCGUCCGAAGAAUUCCUCGGCGGCUGGACAAUGCUCACCCCGCGCGAGCCCAACACCCUCCGUACCCUCCCCUUCGAAGAAUCCGUCCUCCUCCUCACAGACGCCGCCGUCUACAACUGCCGCUUCGACUGGGACACCGACAAAGUGAUGUCCUCCGAGCGGGUCUCCCUGCGCUCCAUCUCGCGCAUCAGCCACGGCACAUACAUCACCUCCACACUGACAACCGCACAGACCGCCGAGCGCCACAACGUCGGCCUCGUCAUCGAGUACCGCGAAGGCGACUCGCACGACCUCCGCGUCAACACCCGCUCCCUUCACAGCAGCGUCGACACCACAGCCCUCGACAAGAACAGCGCGGCCCACUCCUCCGAAUGGCCCGUCUCCUCCUGGUUCAAGGGCCUGCGCGCGCCGACCGCCCGGAUCAUGGCCUUCAAGGCGCUCCCUGUUUCGAAUUCUGUAACCCAGACGAAGAACCCGGGGAGUCCGGCGGUGAGUGAGGGCGAUUGGGUCAGGUCGAUUUGCGAGGAGAUUCAGCGGGCGAUUGUGGCCAGCCCGGACACGGAAGGCCCUGAUCAACUUGUUGUUGAGAAGGGAGAGAUUAUCUCGUUGGAGGAUGCGAGGAAGAGAACGGGCAUCUUGGAGACGCUUGUGCAUGAUGUGAAGAAGUUGGUGUGGGCUUGACCUGUUUCUCUCUCCCCCGACGGGUUUAUUGCUUUCCCUGUGCGACUGUUUUCAGGUCGACUUUCUUCGGUUGACUGUUUCUUCCCAGUUUAUGUCUUCUCGCAGUUGUGGAUUGCAUAUUUUGCACAUAUUUUGCACAUUUAUAUUCAUAGUUAUGACUAUCAUUGUGGAUGCGUUAGUUGGUGCAGAGGUUUGCUUGGUUGUGCAUAUGAGUUUGAUGAUUUAUGAUAGUUAGUUGAUAGUUGAUAUUCUAGUCUCUGGC